UUUCAUAUUCUUCUUUUUCUUUCAUAAUAUUUAUUGACAAAAUUUUACUUAGAUGUUAUUUUAAAAAAGAGUAUAUGUAUAUAUAAUAUCUCUGAGUUUCAGUGUUUAAAUUACUAAGGAGUGUAGUGCAGGGAGCUGCAGUGUAAGUAGCAGCUACCAAGGCAAAAUACAAGUAACAUGUACAGACCAGAGCCAAACCUUGUCAAUAUUCAAUAAUAUAUUUCUAUGUUUAUUUUUGUUUAUUACAAUUAUCAUUUGUUACAGUUUCCAUUAUUUCAGUGCAGUUUCCUAAAAACAAGAAACCGGAGAUCUGCACUGCAAAAUAAAAAAAUAGUAACUAGUAAGUGUGCAACAGAGAAGAGUUGAAUCUAAUAAGAAAGCUGAGGUUGGUUGUGUGUCAUGAAGUUAGAGGGUACUGAGAUUUUGAAGUGCAACUAUGCAGCAAGAAACAUCCCCAGAGCUUCUAAGAUAUUUGCCACAAGCUUUGAAUCUAAAGAAGAAACAAGAAGGAGUAGUUGCAAUGUUUUCUCUGGGAACUGGACUCCUUAUCUCAAGGGACCGUACUACAGCAAUGAGACAUGCCCUUUCAUAUUUGACAAGCAGAAUUGCCUUCUGCAUGGAAGACCUGACAGGGAGUUUCUUCAAUGGAGAUGGAAACCUAAUGAGUGUCAGCUUCCUCUCUUUGAUGCUGCUCAGUUCUUGAAGAUGGUCAAAGGGAAGUCAAUGGCCUUUGUUGGGGACUCAAUCGGGAGAAAUCAAAUGGAGUCCUUGUUGUGCCUCCUUAGUUCUGUUGCGCGUCCUGAAGAUAUUACAGGGAAACACGCAUCAGACAGCACAUACUUCAAAUGGUGGUUCUAUCCUGAUCACAAUUUCACUCUUGCAUUAUUAUGGUCCCCCUUUCUAGUCAAGUCCAGCAAAAGUUAUCUCAAUGAUAGUUCUAAUUUCUACCUUUCCGAGAAGCUUUAUCUCGAUGAACCAGAUGAAGCUUGGGCUAGUCAAAUUGAAGACUUCGACGUUGUGAUCUUCUCUGGAGGACAAUGGUUCUUCCGACCGCUAACAUUCAUGGAACACGGCCACGUUGUUGGAUGUCAAAAAUGCCAGAACAACACUGAGCUCGACUUCUAUGGAUACAGGAUCGCAUUCAGAACAGCUUUCAAGACCAUUUUAAAUCUUAAAGGGUUCAAGGGGUUGACAUUUGUGGUGACACACUCUCCGAACCACUUUGAGAAUGGGCUGUGGAACACUGGUGGUGGUUGUAACAGAACGAAGUUAGUUACCACCGUGGAAGAAAAGGUGGCAGUGCAUCCAUAUGGAAUAGAAGAAUUGCACCAAAUACAAAUAGAAGAAUUCAGAGAGGCAGAAAACGAAGCUAAGAAGAAGGGUUUGGAGUUGGGUUUGAUUGAUAUAACUGAAGCAAUGCUGGUGAGGCCAGAUGGGCAUCCCAAUAGUUAUGGCCAUGCCAUUGAUAAAAACAUUACUGUCAAUGAUUGUGUUCAUUGGUGCCUGCCAGGUCCUGUUGAUACGUGGAAUGAGAUUUUGCUAUAUCACAUGAAAACAAGGAUGUGAUCAAUUAAAGUCUCAUUUUUUUUUUUAACCAGGAGUCUUCAAUUGUUUUACCAUGAAAUGGUAUAAUAUUAGCAGACUAAAUGCCAAAUGAUGAUUUAUUUUAUUUUAUUUUAUUAUUUGGAGGAAACUAUCUUUAA